AUGGGAGCAGCAAGUUCACAAGAAUCUGAGGCGGCGGCGGCUGAUUUUGUUGACCGAGUGACGACAGAAAAUGGUGUUACGGUCUUUAGUAAAAGUUAUUGUCCAUACUGUGAUAUGGCUAAAGGCGUGCUGGACGAAGUUGGCGUCAAGUAUCACGUUGUAGAGCUGGAUUUAAAAAGUGAUAAACCUUCGGGUACCGAAAUUCAAAAUGCAUUAGCAAAUGCAACUGGACGACGCACGGUGCCGAACGUUUUCAUAAAGAAACAAUCUAUCGGUGGUGGUACUGAUGUGCAGACGCUGUUUCACUUUAUCCUUCUUGAAAAGAGAUUAGAAAGUAACUCGCGAAUAUGCUGA